AUGGUAGUAACAGGUAAUGGUUCAUCACCCUCUUAUAACUCAUCGGAGCAACAAUCUCUGCUGUAUGGCUCUGAUAAAAAGACAGCCUCCAACACACAAAUUAUUCCUUCAUCCAAUUCAGCCUUGUUAACAGAUAAUAAUAAUCGACAACGACAACAUCAUGAGAUCAAUCCUAAUUAUGAUGUUGCUGCUGCUGCUUGGAAUGGUCAACAACAACAGCCUCUUCGGACAAGUAAUUUACAAAUAAGAGAACAAAAAAUUGAUCCCUACUAUUCAUCGAGGGUGACUGAUACAUCGUGCCUAGAUUUGUGUUGUUCGAGUGGGGUGAGCUUGUUUCUUGUAUUGUUUAUUGUUUCUGCCAGUAUUUCUCAAAUCAUUUGUGAGAUUGUUGUUUAUCCAAAUUAUUAUGAGAAUACACUUGUUCAAAUCUUACCACGUGUACUAGUUUAUGUACCAUUGGGAUUGUCUAUUUUGUACUAUAUUAUUCUGGUUUUUACUUGUAGCACUGCCAAGUAUCUUUUCAAUAACAAAGAUGCUUCGAGUAUUUAUGAUAAUGUUGACAAGUUGACUAGAGCUAGACCAACAAUUUCACUCUAUGUUUCUUGUUACCAUUACGAAACAAGAAUUGAAACCUAUACUGAUAGUGAGGGAAAUACUAAAACUAGAACAUAUGAAGAAAGAGUUACAACCUAUUCAGAAACUAGAGCAUUCAAUUAUAAUUAUUUUAGAGAUGUUUCCAAACCAUUUUUAUUGGAAGGAACUGACAAGAAAUAUAUGAAAUUGAAAUUAAAACAAGUGACAUUUAUGAGUAAUCCGGAAACCAAAACAGCUCUUGAUGAUGCAAGAAGAAGAAUUCAAAUGGAAAAUCGUUGGAGAGAUACUUAUAUGGAUUAUUCUGAAAAUUGGUCUCUGGAUACAGCAUUCAAAACAAACAUGUUGGCUAAAAUCAAACCAGAAGAAUCAUCAUUCUUUGUUUCCAUGCCUUGUUAUCUCUUAUUCUCCUUGUUUGGAUUAAAUUCACUCUAUAGAGUAAUAUUCAAUAGAAUGUGUGAUACUCAAGAACACUUGUUUGUAAAGGAAAUUUCUGUAACUCCAUUCCCAGAACAAAUUGCAUUCACCCAACAACCAAUCUACAAUGCUGGAUAUAGCUCAGUAUAUGGACAAGGAAUGUUACAGAGUGUUUAUGGACUCAAUCAAACAGAGUAUCAACCACCAAGACUUGUUUUGCCACCACAACAAGGUCAACAACCUUAUCCAUAUGGAGGAAAUGAUUACAUUCCAUAUCAACAACAAGUUUAA